AUGAAUUACCUUCUUAUACCUAUUCUCGUACUGUCUACUUUUUAUUCAGUAGAGUCAAAGGUGACCCUUCCCCUCCCAGUCUUUUCAGAAUCAUCAACUACGAUUUCUAUAGGUCAGAUGCCCCAAAAGUCCGUUCGGCACCGAAUUAGAAUGUGCUUUCGAGUGCUGCACUUCCUUUGAGGGGCCGAAUCAGGGAUACUACUGCUGUGGAAUCGAAGAGAAGCAACUUCUGGAGAGGGACGGAGCCAAUGGAAUCGAUCAUCGGGCCGAGCGAUUCGUGGCGUACGGUAACACCUUCCAGUGAGUUUUGAUUCUGAAUGCGUUUCUGAAUACUCUCUCCUCACAGAGUGGACUACACAAUGCUGGUGAUCGGUCUGAUUGUCUCGAUCAUCAUUUCGAUCCUCCUCUCCUUCUUCUGCUGCCUUCUCUGCAACGGAUGCUGGCUGCACCGUCGUCGCAACCCGCAACAGUACGAAAGUGUGCACGACAACGGAUGGUACCCGAUCUGCUGUGAGUUCUUCUUCUUCUUCUUCCUCUUCCUCUUCUUCUUCUUCUUCGGCGCAGCUUUUGCUGCCCUACCAGUAGUACCUUGGCACACACAAAGUUUUCCACGUCUGUGUCUCUCCGCCUCAAGAGAGUUUUACUGUUUGUUCGCUCUUGCAUCUUUUCUUCGCAAGCCCCCUACAGUUGACUAAUCAGCAAACGAAAUUGAAAGUUGUUGGGCGUUGUCCACUGCGUGAGACUUGUUUUUGACACACAUGUGAUGGUCAUUUGGAGACGAACAGAUGAAAAGACGAAAAAGAAGAAAAAGAAGAAGAAGAAGAAGGAAAUGAUAUCAAUGUUACAGGCGGAUUCGGAAUUCCAAUGGGAACUGUCGUCUUCUCGACGCAUCCGCCCCAGUAUCGUGAGGAGAGCGAGAUGUACACGGGCUCUUCCAUGUCCAGCUUGCCGAGCUCCAAGCAGCGGUCAGUUUGAGUUGGAAUGGGGCAGACUGUUCUUCGGAUCUGAAACUUUUGUUCUGUUGAAACUAUAGUCCCGAUCGCAUCAUUUGAUUAGAACUUAUUGAAGAGUUAAACUUUCAACGACAAAUCUCAGGUGCCUGUAGAGAUCAAAAACAUUGGGAUGCGCUUCUAUAUCCAAUAGUGCUGAAACUUUUCCCGAGUUUAUUCUAUAUCAAAAAUAAUAGCCACACAAACUUUGGGAUCCAUUUAUGAUAAAAAAGUCAAAACUUCUGAGCAAUUGGUUGAUUCUCUUUCAUGAAACGUCUUCAUUCCAUUCCUUUCAGCGUGCGUUUCAACCCGGACGGUACGCCACGUGGAGUCCUGAAGAACGGUCACGAAGGAGGACAGCCGCAGUACUACAGAGACUGA